AUGUCCGUGGUAACAGUUUCGCAUUUCGCUUCAGAGAAAGAAAUCCUAACUAAUAACCGCAAAGUUCUCAAACAGCGAAAAAAACAUUUCCUACAAGACAUCAGAUCCAACCUCAUAAUUCUCAGCUUGGUAUCGAUAUACUACGUCUAUUUAUUGGAUGCUUCUUUUUUCUUCUUGAUCGGCAGAUCAAUAUUUCAUUUCAUAUUAUCCUCAUCUUUUCAAACGCAAGGCAAUGACAUAUUGAAAACCGCCCGUGGCAAGAAAAUGAUCACCAGAAUGUUGUUUUUUGGCCCGUUAUGCUUCAACUUGUACGUCAUCCUCAUCCGACUCUUCUUCUUCAAAGUACCUUCACCAGGUCAUCAUGGUUAUAAAUACAGCGGUUGGACAUUACAAUUAGUUGGUGAAAGAAUCACAGAAAACAAAGUGAAAAUUUUAUUCAACGAUUUCCUAAUAAUUAUCUUGCAAUUUCUUAUAUUUGCCGCAUGGUUCUUAACAUUCAUUGAUCCAACCAUCGGAUCCAAAUCAAAUACCACGACCGAGCAAUCAACUUCCAAUGAUUCAUCACAACAAUCCGCUCUCAGUGUUUCCCCCUCAAGUAAUCAAGAAUCCGACAAUUCUAUUAAUACACCAAUGUUAUCCAGUAUCCCCCAAGAUGAAGAUGUUCAAGGCGAUGGCUAUUCAGGGCAGCUUAAUGUCAUAACCAUUCAAGUCAUCACCAUCAUAAAAAGAGUAUGGAACAUUUCUUGGGAAGAGGAAACUGAAGAAGAACAAACUAUGUUUGAAGAAAGUCUCAAUAAUUUGCUAAAUGACAGAAUGAAUACCGCAGUUGUAUGA